CACAGACGGGCCGAUGGCGGUCACGGCUCGCUACCUGAUCUAUUUCCAGUACUGCGGCACCAACUACAGUGGAGUCAUGAAAACCCCUUCACACCAGCCUGUUGCCGGGGUUCAGAAUCACCUGGAGGAAGAAUGUUGACAAAAGUGCUGGAGAAACUCAGCAGGUGAGGCAACAUCUAUGGUGUGAUGGAAAUAGGCAACGUUUCGGGCCGAAACCCUUCUUCAGACUGGUGUAGGGUGCGAAGAAGAAAGGAAGAGGAGCCAGAGGUAGAGUUGCUGCCUCACUGCGCCAGAGACCCCGGUUCAAACCUGACCACGGCUGCGCUGCAGAGACUGCGGCCAGACAACGAGGUGACCGUGUCCAUCUCGAGCCGGACGGACACUGGCGUCCACGCCCACUGCAACUCCGCUCACUUUGACCUGCGGAGGAAGAAGGGGAAGGAGCCGUUUCCCGAGGAGCUCUUGGUCAGCGGCCUCAACUUCCACCUGAAGCCCGAGCCCAUCAGCAUCCUGAAGGCCUUUCGGGUGAGCGACACGUUCCACGCCCGGUUUGGCGCCCGGUCUCGGACGUACACGUACCGGUUGGUGACGGGGUGCGCCCACCGCUCGCAUCUCCCCGUGUUUGAACGCAAUCUCUGCUGGCCCGUGUCCAGCAGACCUCUGAACACAGACGCUAUGAGGGAGGCGGCGAGCUUGCUGCUGGGCACGCACGACUUCAGCACCUUCCGCUCCUUGAACUCCGAGACCCCCUUCAAGUCACCGCUGAAGACACUGCUCCAGGCCGAGCUCACGCCGGGAACCAGCAUCGCCACGCAGCAGACCCAUCACAGCCACCUGGAGUUCCUGGACCUCACCUUCCGGAGUCCGUCUUUCCUCUACAAACAGGUGCGGAGAAUGACGGGUGCUCUGGUGGCCGUUGGCCGGGGCAGGCUAACACCGCAGCACAUCGGCGAGUUGCUGGAGUGCCGUGACUCCAGGGCCUAUCCCGGCAGUUUCAUCGCACCACCCAGCGGCCUCUUCCUCAACACCGUGGAGUACGAUGAAAACGAUCUUCGAGUGAAAGAUGACAUCACUGGGUGACGGGAGGGAGUACGUGGACCGCCUGUUGUCAUGGCAACCGGCAUCUAGGACCAAGAGCGGACCGGGCACCUACAUCGACUCGUGUGGACAUGCCCGGUAUUGCAUCAAUACUCCCGAAUGUGUCUGGAGUUAUGGAGAAGAUACAAUGCUGGAUGCAGGCUCAUGUUAAGCUGCCAAAAAUCAUCAGCUUCUAAAACUCUGGCUUGGUGGUGGGUGUCAGUGAGUGGGGAUGGAGCCAGCAUCUCCCAGCUUGGCAAAGUCUAUGGCCCCCAGCCCCGACAGACAGACACACGCACACACACUCACACGCGCGCACAUACGCACACACACACAAACUCAUACAUAAACACACGCACACACUCAUACACACACGCGCACACACACACUCAUACACGCACACACGCGUGCACACACACACGCUCGCACACACACGCACACACACACACACACACGCUCGCACACACACACACACACACACGCACACACACACACGCGCGCACACACACGCGCACAUACACACAGACACACACACACACGCACACACACUCACACAUACACACAUUCAUACACACACACACUCACACACUCAUACAUACACACACACACUCAUACACACACGCGCACAUACACGCUCGCACACAUACACAUACACACGCUCGCACACGCGCGCGCACACACACACACGCGCACAUACACACACACACACAGACACGCCCGCACACACACUCAUACACACGCGCACACACAAAACUAAAAGAUGGCAGAACAAAAGUGUAAUUGUUUGCAAUAUUUGCAUUAGUUUGCAUAACAGAAAAUAAAGUAUUUCAAAAUGCCUUGGUUACUUA